AUUCAUAAAUUAUAUGACACAUAUGAGAUGAAAAUGAAGGGCAUUUUUGAAUAAAUAUUUCCGAAUUGUGUCUUUCAUGCACACACACAACUUCUUCUUCCGACCCUUGAGUAAAUGGUCUUGGCCUUCUCUCACAGAUGGCAACUAUCAAGGCCAUCGAGGCCCGAACUAUCCACCAAAUCCAAUCCGGCCAGGUCAUCGUCGACCUAUGUUCUGUAGUAAAGGAGUUAGUGGAAAACGGCUUGGACGCCGGAGCCACCAAUAUUGAGGUUCGUUUCAAAAAUCAGGGGUUAGAUUCUAUCGAGGUUCAGGAUAAUGGCUCUGGCAUAUCCAAGCAGAACUACGAGACUUUAGCCUUGAAGCACUAUACGUCCAAGCUAUCCACCUAUGCGGAUCUUUCCUCUCUUCAGACCUUUGGUUUUCGGGGAGAAGCUUUAUCUUCCCUUUGUGCCUUAUCCAAGUUCACCGUGACGACUUGCUUAGCAUCAGACGCCCCAAAAGGCUCAAGACUAGAGUUCGAAACUUCAGGGAAGCUUCGUGCUACAAGUAUUGUAGCCGCUCAGAAAGGAACUACUGUGGCAGUCGAAGGCCUUUUUCAUAAUUUACCUGUCCGCCGCCGCGAACUUGAACGGAAUAUCAAACGGGAAUGGAAUCGAGUCAUCAGUGUUCUCAACCAGUAUGCCUGUAUCCAAACCGGGCUGAAAUUUUCUGUGUCUCAGCAACCGACUAAAGGCAAACGAAUAGUCCUGUUUUCAACCAGGGGUAACCAGACAACUCGCGAGAAUAUUGUCAAUGUAUUUGGCGCGAAGACCUUGGCUGUUCUUAUACCCUUAGACUUGAAGCUUGAGUUAGAUUCUACCAGUACGCCAGGUCAGAAAUGGGCUACUCAGGGCGAUGCAAAUGCUCACCAAGUCCGUAUUCGAGGACACGUGUCUCGCCCUGCUCAUGGAGAAGGACGCCAGACUCCGGACAGGCAGAUGUUUUUCGUUAAUGGACGACCUUGCGGCUUACCGCAAUUCGCUAAAGUGUUUAAUGAGGUGUAUAAAUCAUACAACUCUUCUCAGUCUCCAUUCAUCUUUGCCGAUAUCCAACUGGAUACUCAUCUAUAUGAUGUGAACGUCAGCCCGGAUAAGCGUACAAUUCUCUUACACGACCAGACCCGAAUGUUGGACAAUCUUAGGGAGUCGUUGAUUGCCUUGUUUGAAACCCAGGAUUACGCCUUGCCGACAUCACAGCUGUCAAACCCCAGACAGACACCAUUCAAAAAGCCUUCCCUUAGUACACAAAGCACGCCCGUCUCAUCUGGAUAUUUAUCAAGACGUUCUGCCUCCCAAAACGAGGACCAGCCGAACCCGAUAAACCCUAGGGAUAGUACAGAACAUAGCAAUGACAUUGAAGAUGGCGAGUCUGCUGAACAGCCAAUAACACAUGAUUCAUUAGCGGCCAAUCCUUCAUCUGGUGAUAAUGAAGGCCACACUCUAGUUAGCCGAUGGGCUGACCGAAAAUCGGCGCCACGUGUUGACACAUCUUCGAUAGGUACCAAAGCCUCGGAGGAUCACAAUCAAGAGUCCUCGGAGUCUUUGGGGAAUGUCUUUUCAAAAUUUGCAAGAGAUUAUACUAAGGAUGCCACUGAUACUUCAGAGAAUGGUGCUAAUGAGCCGCCGUUGCCUGGUAUAUCCGCCGCAAAACCACAUAGAGAAGCGACGGAUUUCCGUGCACGCCUAGCAGAAUUGGCUGAGCACAGAGCGAGUCAGCACAGCAGUAGCCCUCCUACGUCGCAGUCUCACGAACCUCCUAUACCUGCCGUAUCUACUUCAUCUCGGGUCUCGGACAUGAAGACUAGCAGAACUAGCAGCGCAAUUUUGAAACGUUCAGCGCCUGAAGUUGCUACAAUUACAGUUGGGAAUCAUACUGUUACUAGUAUAAUCGGCUCUCCGUCGAAGAAGCAAAGAAUAGGAGACCAUAAGGCCGCCGAGUCAUCGAGGAGGCAACGUACCCCUAAGGACACAGUUACGAUGCCUUCAUUUAACGGACGCCUGACCCAGAUGUUUGCGGCCUACUCCCAGUCGAAGCAGAUAGAUCCGGCCAGUAUCAAGGCCACAAAUUCUCGAGAUUCGCCAGAGGAUUCUGACUCUUCCGAUGAAAAAUUGUUUGUAGGAGACGAUGAUGAUGAUGAUGAGAGAUAUGACGAGCAGGGCGACGAGAGUGAAAAGGGGGAUGAAGCGGAAGAGGAAGAGGAAGGGGAAGGGGAAGAGGAAGAGGAAGAGGAAGAAGAAGAAGAAGAAGAAGAAGAAGCAGAGGAGGAACUCAUGCAGCACGAUUCGAUUUUAGAUGGUGUUGCGAAGAAAGGCCGUGCCUGCGAGAGCAUGUCUUCAGAACCUGAUAAUACAGAUGAUCAACUUCAACGGGACGCGUUGCCAUCUCCCAUUCAGCUCCCUGAUAACGAAUAUCCAGAUGAACAGACGGAAGAAGUACAGGAUGGGGGUAAACCAGGAGAUAGCACUGGCUCUGCUCAAGGCUCAAACAGUGCUACGCUUCAAGAAACCCAGAAACGUACGCAAAGUUUCAUAAAAGGGGGCACGAAGAAGAAGGACUCAACUAUAUCGUUGCUACAAACAUUACGAGCUAGUGAGAAGCAUAUCCAGAAGGCUCUAACGAUGCACCAAGACUAUCUCAAAGAAGUCUCUUUAACAACGGGGUCGAAACUGGUCACAGAUAGACUUGAUGCAGAAGAUGCCGAGGAAAAGCUAUCUCUGACCAUAUCCAAAUCCGACUUUGGAAAGAUGAAGAUUCUAGGUCAGUUUAAUCUGGGCUUCAUUUUGGCGCUCCGUCCCGCCAAGGCUAGCUCGGACGACGUAGAUGAAAAGGAGGCGAGAGAUGACGAGCUUUUUAUCAUUGACCAGCACGCCACCGACGAAAAGUACAACUUUGAGCGGCUACAAGCGAACACAGUCGUGCAAUCGCAGAGAUUGGUCCAGCCGAAAGCCCUGGAACUCACUGCUCUCGAAGAAGAGGUUAUUAGAGAAAACCUAGAAGCUCUCGAGGCAAACGGCUUCAUCGUCAGCAUGGACGAAAGCGGCGACUCACCGGUCGGGUCUCGCUGCCAGCUACUCAGUCUACCGCUCAGUCGCGAGACGACGUUCUCGCUCACGGACCUCGAGGAGCUCAUCUCGAUGCUCACAGACCACCAGUCCGCCUCGGCGAGCACCAUCCCCCGGCCGUCCAAAGUGCGCAAGAUGUUCGCGAUGCGGGCCUGCCGCAGCAGCGUCAUGAUCGGCAAGUCCCUCACCAACAAGCAGAUGGAGAAGCUGGUGCGCCACAUGGGCGAGCUCGACAAGCCGUGGAACUGCCCCCACGGCCGCCCGACUAUGCGACACCUCUGCGGCCUCGGCGCGUGGAGCGAGAUGGGCUGGAGGGAGGGUGACGGGUUUGCGGGGGAGAGGGCAUCGCCUACGAACUGGGGUGCUUAUGUUAGGGAGAAGAAUGAGAUAGAGUAGGUCGGUGGGUGAGAGGGAGGUCUAAUAGGCGGUUUAAGUCAUUGAUUGCAUUACCACGGCGUAUGGUACCUAGGGUAGGCUUGCUUAUAUGUUCUUGACAUGAGUGGCUUCGACAAGAUUGUACAUAAAUCAAGUUUUCCAAUCCAUCAUACCUGGAUAAGUAAUGGAAAGGACAUACUACAUACUUACCUACCUAGGUAGGUAGGUACUUGAGGUUGGUACAUACAUAAUAAAUAGAUCAGCCAGUUAGUUACAGAUCACUAUUCACGUCACAGGUCU